AUGGAUAUAUACUGGGUUAUUUUGUUUAUUGUUCUGGUGUCCUUAUUCAUAGAAAGAUUAGUGAGAAAGUUAAAGAUCAGUAGCUUUGAUCAGCGUUAUGUUGUCGUUACUGGAUGCGAUACGGGGUCUGGAAACAUGCUUGCUAAAAGGCUGGACGCCAUGCAGUUCCAUGUUUUUGCGGGAUGUUUUACAAGCAAGGCAGUUACGCAGUUGACCGAAGAAUGUUCGCGGAAUAUGACAGCUAUACAAGUAGACGUUUCAAAAGAUGCAAGUAUUGAACAAAUGUUGGAAACUGUUAAAAGAAAACUACCUGAAGAUAAAG